AUACUUGACUUGGAGAACAAGCAGGGGAGCAAGCCAGGUACCCGUGUGCACAAAAGCAUCAAAUAGCGAAGCCUUGAUUUCAUUAUUUUCGAUCAAACCCAUUAACAAGAGAAGAACCACAUCAGUUGCGGUUUGUUUUGUUAGCAGUGGUUGAUAAAGGAAAAUGUCUCGGAGGUAUGACAGCCGUACAACGAUCUUCUCUCCGGAAGGUCGUCUCUAUCAAGUGGAAUACGCGAUGGAGGCCAUUGGAAAUGCAGGGACUGCGAUUGGGGUAUUAUCCAAGGACGGAGUGGUUUUGGUUGGUGAAAAGAAGGUGACAUCGAAGCUCCUGCAGACCUCGAAAUCCACGGAGAAGAUGUACAAGAUCGAUGAUCAUGUUGCCUGUGCAGUUGCUGGAAUAAUGUCCGAUGCCAAUAUUCUAAUUAACACUGCUAGGGUCCAAGCCCAGCGCUAUACUUAUGGUUACCAAGAGCCGAUGCCCGUGGAACAGCUGGUUCAAUCUCUCUGCGAUACUAAGCAAGGCUACACGCAGUUUGGUGGGCUCCGUCCGUUCGGUGUCUCGUUUCUGUUUGCCGGUUGGGAUAAAAAUUUCGGUUUCCAGCUGUAUACGAGUGACCCAAGUGGGAACUAUGGUGGUUGGAAGGCUGCUGCAAUUGGGGCGAACAACCAGGCGGCGCAAUCGAUGCUUAAGCAGGAUUAUAAGGACGAUAUCACGAGGGAAGAAGCUGUUCAUCUUGCUCUGAAGGUUCUUAGUAAGACAAUGGACAGUACAAGCCUUACUUCUGAUAAGCUCGAACUAGCUGAGGUCUUUCUGUCGCCUUCUGGAAAGGUGAAGUACCAGGUCUGCUCAUCCGAGUCGCUCAGUAAGUUGUUGGUGAAGUCCGGAGUGACCCAACCAGCCGCAGAAACUUCUUGAGUUUCUUGUCAUAACCUACUGUAUUUUGAUAUAUCUGAAUUUCAGGACAUAUUUGGGGUAAUACAUGUGCUGAAUUGCAUAGUUCAUUGGAAAUGGGUCUAUCGUAGGCAUGGAACUGUGGGAGCAUUGUUGUUAAUCUUUUGAUAUAGACUAUCCUCUGAAAUCAAUUCUGCUGUUACAGUUUUAAUUUUUGAACACUUGAAGUUUAUUAUUUGGUUAUUAAACUUUUUGUUUAAGAAAUAUCUUUUUUAUGUGUUA